GUGACCAAUAAGCUUGCGAGCAGCACAUGCGCAGCCAGCUCCACAACAGUGCAGUUACUCUCACUCAAAUUCCUGCUCACCACGCAAAAAUAUCAAGCGCGCACCGAAAAAUCGCAGGGCGUCAUCAAACAUCUCGUCAUCGUACAGCGGGACUGGGGCGUCAUGUCGCAACAUUUCCACCUGCGCAACUCGGUCCUUCCCCUGUCCUUCUUCCCCGGCGAGCUCGGCGCCCGGUUCUCGCCCACUGAGCCCAGGCAUCUGACGAGCAGCGUCCGCGUCGCUGUUGCGUCGCCGUCAAGAGCCCUGCGGCCCCACAUGGCGAAGGCGGUGGCGAAGGAGGUGGGGGCGCAGGAGGCGGCGCAAGGCAGCGCGGCGCUCGGGUGGGCGGCCAGAGACGCCUCCGGUGUCCUCUCCCCGUUCGACUUCUCAAGAAGGGCUCAGAAGGACGACGAUGUGACGAUCAGGGUGCUCUACUGCGGGAUCUGCCACACUGACCUCUACACCAUCAAGAACGAGUGGGGCACCGCCAUGUACCCCGUCGUCCCCGGGCACGAGAUCCUGGGCGUCGUGACCAGCGUCGGCAGCGGCGUCAGCAAGUUCAAGGCCGGCGACACGGUGGGCGUGGGCUACUUCGUCGGGUCGUGCCGCUCCUGCGAGUGCUGCGGCAACGGGUACGAGAACUACUGCUCCGGCAUGGUGCUCACCUCCAACGGCAUCGACCCCGAGCACGGCGGCGCGGUCACCCAGGGGGGCUUCUCCGACGUCAUGCUCGUGAACGAGGACUACGUGGUCCGCGUCCCGGACGGGCUGCCGCUGGACAAGGCCGCGCCGCUGCUCUGCGCCGGCGUCACGGUGUACAGCCCGAUGAUGCGCUUCGGCCUGAACGCGCCGGGGAAGCACCUGGGCGUCGUCGGCCUCGGGGGCCUCGGCCACGUCGCCGUCAAGUUCGGCAAGGCGUUCGGCAUGCGGGUCACCGUCAUCAGCACCUCGCCCGGGAAGCGCGAGGAGGCGCUGGAGCGGCUGGGCGCGGACGAGUUCCUGGUGAGCCGGGACCCCGAGCAGAUGCAGGCGGCCGUGGGCACCAUGGACGGCAUCCUCGACACGGUGUCGGCGUGGCACCCGAUCUCGCCGCUGUUCGCGCUGAUGAAGCCGAUGGGGCAGAUGGUGUUCGUGGGAGGGCCGACCAAGCCGCUGGAGCUGCCGGCGUACGCCAUCGUGCCGGGCGGGAAGGGCAUCGCCGGGAACUGCGUCGGCGGCAUCAGGGACUGCCAGGCCAUGCUGGAAUUCGCGGCAAAGCACGGCAUCACCGCGGAGGUGGAGGUGAUAAAGAUGGACUACGUCAACACGGCGCUCGAGCGGCUCGCGAAGAACGACGUCCGCUACCGCUUCGUCAUCGACAUCGCGGGCAGCCUCGGCUCAACCUCGUGAGCUGGAAUAGCCACCUUGUUCAUUUUCUUCAGGGAAUUUAGAGCUCUUAGUAACUGCGCCCAGCGCCCGUUAAACCACUGUUGUGUCUUGUGUGGAUGUGCUCUCGCGUGGAGCUUCGUCUUCGUUAUUUAGUUAUGGGCAGCGCUAGACAUCAGACUACUGGUGAUUUGCUAACUAUCAGACUAGUUGGUAGCCGUCAGAUGUGAUCAGUGGUGGAUGAGA